AUGGCUCCGGCCAGGUAUCGAAGACGGGACCGCCGCCUGAUCACAAGGUUGAUGCUCAACUGUUGUGACCACGAUGCUAAGCACAUGACCCCGGCCCUUGCACUAGGGUUAAAACGGCAUGCGAAUGAAAAGAAAAGCCCAGGAGACAGUGAAGCUGGUUCCAGAAAGCGCAAACUCGAGAAUAGAAACGACAAGCUUGCUUCGAACAUGGAAGAAAAUCAACGAGGACAGAGUGGACUUGGAGCAGACAAGCAGGAGGGUCAUGACGCCAAAGUCGAUGGAACUGGAACAGGACAGGGUCACAGGAAACAUAAAGCUGUGGUAACUGGAGAUGGAGUUAAAAUUGAUUUGGAGACUGUUAAUAGAGCCUUUCUUGAAUUAGCAGAGAAAGGUCGUCCAGAUACUGUCAAGAUAUUGAUAGAUGCUGGGGCUGAUGUUAAUGCCAAGGACAUUAACAAUGAUAUACUCUUGCUUGCAUCAGCAUCUGGAGGUCAUUCUGAUACUGUAAAGAUAUUGAUAGAUGCUGGGGCUGAUGUUGAUGCCAAGGACAUUAACAAUGUCACACCCUUGCUUGCAUCAGCAUCGGGAGGUCAUUCUGAUACUGUCAAGAUAUUGAUAGAUGCUGGGGCAGAUGUUAAUGCCAAGACCACUAACAAUGACACACCCUUGCAUUAUUCAGCAUCGGUAGGUCAUUCUGAUACUGUCAAGAUAUUGAUAGAUGCUGGGGCUGAUGUUAAUGCCAAGAACACUUACAAUGACACACCCUUGCUUGUAUCAGCACGGGGAGGUCAUUCUGAUACUGUCAAGAUAUUGAUAGAUGCUGGGGCUGAUGUUGAUGCAAAGGGCACUAACAAUGUCACACCCUUGCUUGCAUCAGCAUUGGGAGGUCAUUCUGAUACUGUCAAGAUAUUGAUAGAUGCUGGGGCUGAUGUUGAUGCAAAGGGCACUAACAAUGUCACACCCUUGCUUGCAUCAGCAUUGGGAGGUCAUUCUGAUACUGGCAAGAUAUUGAUAGAUGCUGGGGCUGAUGUUGAUGCCAAGAACACUGACAAUGACACACCCUUGCUUGUAUCAGCACGGGGAGGUCAUUCUGAUACUGUCAAGAUAUUGAUAGAUGCUGGGGCUGAUGUUGAUGCCAAGAACACUGACAAUGUCACACCCUUGCUUGCAUCAGCACAGGGAGGUCAUUCUGAUACUGUCAAGAUAUUGAUAGAUGCUAGGGCUGAUGUUAAUGCCAAGAAACCUUACAGAGACACACCCUUGCAUAAAUCAGCACGGGAAGGUCAUUCUGAUACUGUCAAGAUAUUGAUAGAUGCUGGGGCUGAUGUUGAUGCAAAGGGCACUAACAAUGACACACCCUUGCUUGCAUCAGCAUUGGGAGGUCAUUCUGAUAAUGUCAAGAUAUUGAUAGAUGCUGGGGCUGAUGUUAAUGCAAAGAACACUGACAAUGACACACCCUUGCUUGCAUCAGCACGGGGAGGUCAUUCUGAUACUGUCAAGAUAUUGAUAGAUGCUGGGACUGAUGUUAAUGCAAAGAACACUGACAAUGACACACCCUUGCUUGCAUCAGCACGGGGAGGUCAUUCUGAUACUGUCAAGAUAUUGAUAGAUGCUGGGGCUGAUGUUGAUGCAAAGGGCACUAACAAUGUCACACCCUUGCUUGCAUCAGCAUUGUUAGGUCAUUCUGAUACUGGCAAGAUAUUGAUAGAUGCUGGGGCUGAUGUUGAUGCAAAGGGCACUAACAAUGUCACUGCCUUGCUUGCAUCAGCAUUGGGAGGUCAUUCUGAUACUGUCAAGAUAUUGAUAGAUGCUGGGGCUGAUGUUAAUGCCAAGGGCACUUAUAAUGUCACACCCUUGUUUGCAUCAGCACGGAGAGGUCAUUCUGAUACUGUCAAGAUAUUGAUAGAUGCUGGGGCUGAUGUUGAUGCCAAGGACACUGACAAUGACACACCCUUGCUUGCAUCAGCAUCGGGAGGUUAUUCUGAUACUGCCAAGAUAUUGAUAGAUGCUGGGGCUGAUGUUGAUGCCAAGGACACUAACAAUGUCACACCCUUGCUUGCAUCAGCAUGGGGAGGUCAUUCUGAUACUGUCAAGAUAUUGAUAGAUGCUGGGGCUGAUGUUAAUGCCAAGGACUCUUACAAUGACACACCCUUGCUUGCAUCAGCAUGGGGAGGUCAUUCUGAUACUGUCAAGAUAUUGAUAGAUGCUGGGGCUGAUGUUAAUGACAAGGACUCUGACAAAGACACACCCUUGCUUGCAUCAGCAUGGGGAGGUCAUUCUGAUACUGAGGAAACUGACAAUACAACCUACAGAUAUAUUGAGAGUUUUGAACCGAAACCUUGA